AGCUUAAUGUCCGAUAAAAGUUUCAAAAUGAAGAUGCGCGAUGUUGAAACAGCCUUCAAAUAUAGGCGUUUUCCCUAUCCUAAAAGAUCCGUUGAACUGAUUGCCUUACUGGCCAUAUCCUGCACAUUUUUCUUAUUCAUGCACACAAAUAAACUCAACAGUCGCCUUAAAGAGAUGGAAAUGAAAUUACAGCCAUCAGAAUUUUCAGCACUCGGUCUGACAGGCAGCAAUCAUUUGGAUGGACCAAAACCCGAAGAUAUCAACACCCUCCAUGGCACUUAUCAAUAUUUGAAAAGCACAGGCCAGCUUGCCAAACUAAAUACCCACGUUCUAAAUAAUACCCGUAAAGCUGAUAUCGAUGUGAUAUUUUUCAAUCGCGCAGCCAAAGUUGGCAGUGAAUCUCUCUUGGAAUUAUUCAAUUCUUUGGAAAAAUUCCAUGGCAUUUAUAUUGAACGUGAAGGUUUACGUAAGAAGACCAAACGUCAGCUUAAACCUUGGGAACAACGAAAAUUGGCCGAAACUGUAUCGGAAUUAGAUGAGGGUUCCGUUUAUAUUGAACAUGUCAAUUGGAUAGAUUUUGAGGAAUUUGAUUUACCCAAACCGAUUUAUAUAAAUAUGGUACGUGACCCCGUGGAGCGGGUGAUAUCAUGGUAUUAUUAUGUACGUGGAGCCUACAAAAAUGCCAUAGAAUAUAAUCGUGAAACCUAUAAACCGGUACGACCCGAAUCAUGGUAUAAGAAAGAUUUUAAUUAUUGUGUACGUAGCGGUGAUUUGGAGUGUCAAUAUAUACCGUUUAGCGUUAAGGAUUUCGUUGGAAAUUAUAAGAGGCAAACGUUGUUCUAUUGUGGACAUCAUGAUGAUUGUUUACCCUUUAACUCACCAGCUGCCGUUCAAAUGGCCAAGGAACAUGUGGAACGUGAUUAUGCCGUUGUUGGCUCCUGGGAAGAUACCAACAUCACUUUAAGUGUUUUCGAAAAAUAUAUACCACGAUUUUUUAAUGGGGCCAAAACUAUUUUUGAAAUUCACAGUGACAAGAUAACAAAUCGCAACAAGAACAAACGCAAGCCGAAAGUCGACGAUGAUGUUCGUGCAAUGAUUCGUAAAAAUUUCACACACGAAUAUGAGUUCUAUUAUUUUUGUAAACAACGUUUGUACAAACAGUAUUUGGCCGCCAAUUUGAAGGAAUUACAGGCUAAUGGUUUAUUGGAUUAA